ACUGACGAACGAGAUCUAGCACUUUCACGGAUCGAUCGAAGAAGAAGAAAGAUGAACAUUUUCAGAUUAGCAGGUGAUAUGACUCACCUGGCCAGUGUCCUCGUCUUGCUCCUCAAGAUCCACACCAUCAAAUCCUGCGCUGGUGUGUCAUUGAAGACUCAAGAGCUCUACGCCAUUGUAUUCGCGACGCGUUAUCUGGAUAUUUUCACGAGCUUUGUCUCCGUCUACAACACCUUCAUGAAGUUGGUCUUCUUAGGAAGCUCCUUCUCCAUUGUUUGGUACAUGAGGUAUCACAAGGCCGUCCAAAGGACUUACGACAGGGAGCAAGAUACCUUUCGUCAUUGGUUCCUUGUCCUUCCUUGCCUUCUCUUGGCUCUUCUCAUUCACGAAAAGUUCACCUUUCUUGAGGUACUGUGGACGUUUUCGUUGUACUUGGAGGCUGUUGCUAUAUUACCUCAGCUUGUCUUGCUUCAAAGGACUAGAAAUAUCGAUAACUUGACCGGCCAAUACAUAUUCCUCCUUGGUGGGUACAGGGGAUUGUACAUCUUAAACUGGAUCUACCGUUACUUCACUGAGCCACACUUCGUUCACUGGAUAACAUGGAUCGCGGGGUUUGUUCAGACAUUGCUCUAUGCCGACUUCUUCUAUUAUUAUUUCCUAAGCUGGAAGAACAACAAAAAGCUCCAGUUGCCAGCUUAAUCUCUGGAUUUUCGAUGCUCGGAAACCCUACCGAUUCAGUUUGGUGCCUGGAUACAAUAUCUGCUGGAAAGUUUACCAGUUUACUCUGUUGUUAGUUAAUGGAGGAGACGAGCAUAGAUUUUAUGUAAACUCCAGAAAUUUAACUUGUUGUUACACAUUUUUGAACUUUUUCGUGUCUCAGCUUUUUGUUCGAGUAAGUGUUACUAAAAUAUUCCGACUGGACAAAUCUUGCAAGUAUGACUAGUCUACGUUUCCCAUAUACAAAAUCAUUAUGUUCUUACUU